AUGUUAAUGUUUGUUCAAUUGACUUUGAUAUUGGCUAUCCCAUCGACACUGGGCAUAAUUGGUAUCAAUGUUUAUCAAAAAGUAUCGCAAGAACAAUUCGAAUGUUUAAAAGACAAGGGAUAUGAAUUCGUUAUCGUUCGGACAUAUCGAAAAAAUGGAGUUGUAGAUAGAAAUAGUGCAAUAACGAUCAAAAAUGCACGAACGGCAGGUUUUACACACGUCGAUGGCUAUUUGCUCCCAUGUAUUUCGUGUGGUGAUCCUUCACAACAGAUUUUCACAACAAUUGAUUAUCUGAAAGAUGAAAAUGCUGACAUCGACAUGCUUUGGCUAGAUAUUCAAGGUAAAUGGUACAAUGAUGCCGAAUCAAAUAUUCAAUUCCUUCAAGAUUUAAUCUUGGAAAUGACUACUUCUGGUAUUAAACAUGGUAUUUGUACAUCACCUUUUCAAUGGAUUACAAUCAUGAAUAAUGCGAGACAAUUUUCUUCUGAAUCUCCACUAUGGUAUGUAGGGCAUGAUAAUAAGACAACAUUUGAUAAUUUUCAAAUGUUUGGUGGAUGGAAACAACCAUCGAUGAAACAAUAUGUUGGUAACGUGAAAGAAUGUGGAGUGUUUCUGGAUAGAAACUUCUUGUAA